CGUGGUCGGGGAAGGCUCGGCCAACUGUCCUGACCAGUAUCUUUUACAUACUUUCUAAAGAGCCUAGCCGAGGCUCAUCCGCAUGAUUUUUUUUAUUUUGUAAGUGAAUGCCAGACUGGGAGAUUCACUUUUACGCGGUCGGUCUGAUUUUCUUUCCACGUAAUUCAAUUUUUCAUUUUAGUUUCGGUGGUUUGAAAGUUAGUCCACUGACUUAACGUCCGAAUGUUAUAUCACAGUCCUUGGAAGUGCCGGAGAUGGAUGUCAGUGGUUUAAAAUAUUUUGUUAUCGCUAUUGUUUAUUUUACAUGCAAGGUCGAGGGACAGAAUAAGACUCUUAAGGAUUUGUUUAACAGUACGUCUUGUGCUCAACCACCGUAUACCUGUCCACAUCCGCAGAUUCAGUUUUAUCUUUACACGAGGACGACCCAGAAAAAUCCGGCUUUGUUGAACGUCAGGGAUCCUCGAUCACUCGAUUACACAACUUUCGAUAAAUCGCAUUCGACUAAAGUCAUCAUCCACGGGUUUGGGGGAGGAAGGAAUUUGGCCCCCAGCACUGAUUUGAGGAAUGCAUUUUUCAAGCGCGGCAAUUACAAUAUAAUAAUAGUAGAUUACGGUUCAUUGGUACGAGAGCCAUGUCUAUCGCAAAUGCAAUGGGGUCCGGACUUUUGUUCGCGUUGUAUUGCUCAAUUGGUGAGGUACUUGAGGGAUCAUCAGCGAGGUACACCAGUGGAGACUAUUCACGUUCUGGGGUACAGCGUUGGUGCUCAUAUAGCUGGCCUCAUAGCAAAUCAUCUACCCGAUGACAAAUUGGGGAGGAUAACGGAUGAUUGUUUCAGGUCUAGAUCCGACAAUAUUUUUUUAUAUGAAUGGAAACAGAUCCAGGGACUUGGACGAGACCGAUGCGCACUUUGUCGAUAUUAUUCAUACAGGUGCUGGCAUUUUGGGACAGUGGGGACCAAAUGGUCAUGCCGAUUUUUAUGUCAAUGGAGGCUCCAGUCAGCCUGGAUGCGCCUCUACGUCGAUACUCAGAACACUAUCCUGCGAUCACACGAAAGUAACUCCUUAUUACAUCGAGUCGAUAACGACAAAGUCGGGAUUUUGGGCGGCGCCUUGUCCAAAUUUAUUCUCAUACAUCAUAGGGUUGUGCCGUCCAGAGGACGACGAAUGGAUCCCGAUGGGGGAAGAUACCCCUCAUACCGCAAGAGGAAUCUUCUAUCUGUCAACAAACGGACACAAACCAUACGCCCGAGGACAUCCAGGAAAAAAACCACCCCAGAAAAAUCGGAAGCAAUCGUUCUACCGCCAGUAUUAAGUCUGCUAAAGCAGCUGAUAAAUAUCAUCAUCGAAUAGUCUCCAAAUAAUUCAUCGUAUUGUGUUCUGUCCGUUAUCUAAGCACUUCUACAUUUAUACCCAUUAAUGUAUCUCAUUAAAAAAAAUAAUUAUUGAAAAUUGUAACAGAAAAAUGAUA